UCUAAGGAUGAAAAGCAUCCUCCUGGAGGAGAAAGGUGAGGGAAGCAGGGGCCCCUGGGGUAGUGGAGAACCAGCCCUGACUCGGCCCUUCCUCUCGGCCUCCUCCUGGCAGCUGUACCUGAUGAAGCAAGAGAUGCAGCGCCAGAAGAUGUCUUCCUCCCGUGAGCAGGAAUUGCGAGAGCGGUCCCUGCAGAUUGCCGGCGGCCUGGAGCCUGGGGACAAGGAGCUGAGCCACCUGAAGGAGGAGACUGAGAAACUCCGGUCACUGACCUUCAGCCUGGCGGAGAAUGACAUCCUGGAGCAGAACCUGGACGAGGCCCUGGAGAGCAAGCAGGAGCUGGUGGACCGCAUCCACUCUCUGAGGGAGCGGGCUGUGGCCGCCGAGAGGCAGCGCAAGCAGUACUGGGAAGAGAAGGAGCAGACCCUGCUCCAGUUCCAGAGGACGAAGGUAGACUGUGACCUCUACAAGGAGAAGGUGAACGCCCUGCAGAGCCAACUGCUGCAGCUACAGAAGGAGCGCGACCAGGCCUACUCUGCCCGGGAUGCAGCCCAGAUGGAGAUUUCUCAGAAGCUGACGGAGAAGGACGCCCUCCGCAGGAAAGUAUUUGAGCUGACAGACCAGGUCUGCAAACUGCGCCAACAGCUCUGCAGGCCAAAGGCCGAGUCCCCGCAGGGGCCUAAGCAGGAAGCCAGCGCCAGGGAGCCCUGUCCGAAGGGAAAGCAGCCGCUGGUGCGCAUGUUCGCCAUCUGCCCACGGGAUGACAGCGACUCCGGCUGCCCCGGCCCCCCUGAGUCUCAGCUCUGCUCUGACCUGAACGCCACGUCCAACCGUGAGCUGGUGGACAGCUUCCGCUCCAGCAGCCCCGUGCCUCCCAGUCCGCAGUCCCUGUACAAGAGGGCCGCAGAGGACUUCCGGGAAGACCCCGGGUCUUUCAGUGGCUUCCCAGAAAUCCUGCAGGUGGACCGGGGACCCACCCCGGGGACGAAAGCAGGUGACGCAGACCUGGAUUAUGAGAUCGUAGACAGGGCAGACGUUCCUGAGUGUGAGAGCAGCCUGCAGCCGUGGGCCGGGGGCCUCACCCUGUCGUCCAGCAGCGUCCCAGUGCGGAGGAGGCCGGCCCGCAAGAUCCUGAGCCAGGUCACCGUGCUGGCCUUCCAGGAGGACGCCCUGCUGGAGCAGAUAAGCAUCAUCAGUGGUAACCUCACGGGCAUCUUCAUUCACCGGGUCACCCCCGGCUCGGCGGCGGACGAGAUGGCCUUGCGCCUGGGCACUCAGAUCAUGAUGGUGGAUUAUGAGGCAACAGAGCCCAUGUUCAAGGCCACCUUGGAGGACAUGGCCCUGGAGCAAGCUGUCGGACUUCUCCAGAGGGUCAACGGCUUCUGCUGCCUGUCUGUGAAGGUCAACAUGGAGGGUUAUAAGAAGUUGGUCCAGGACCUGGAGGCCAAAGUGGCUACCUCAGGGGAUUCCUUCUACAUCCGGGUGAACCUGGCCGUGGAGGCACGGGCAGAGGGGGAGCUGCGGGUGUGAUGCAGUGACAUUCUGCACGUCAGCGACACCAUGUUCCAGGGUCGCAGCUGCUGGCAUGCCCACCGCGUGGGCCCCUACAGUACGAAGGGCGUCGAGCACGGCACCAUCCCCAACUACGCCCGAGCUCAGCAGCUGCUCAUCGCCCUCAUCCAGGACAUGGCUCAGCAAAGCACCAUCGCCCGCAAGCAGUCUUCCGGGGGACCCCAGAAGCUGGUCCGCAUCGUCAGCGUGGACAGAACCAAGGCCAGCCCUCUGCGCUCAUCCUUCGAUGGGGCCCUGUGGGAGCCCAGCAAGCUGGAAGAGCCCUCCGCCGCGUGCUUCUGGUCCGAGAGCUGCUUCACCCUGGUGCCCCACACCCUGGUGCACCCCCACAGGCCCAGCCAGCCCCGGCCAGUGAUCUUCGUGCCCAGGGUGGUAGGGAAGAUCCUGAGCGAGAAGCUGUGCCUCCUCCAAGGGUUCAAGAAAUGCCCAGCAGAGUACUUGAGCCAGAAGGAAUAUGAUGCCUCCAGCCAGAGAGGGGACAUCAUCCAGGACGGGGAGGCAUCUGGUGGCCAGUGGCUCGGCAUGUCCGAGGAGCAGCUCCUGGAGGCGGGCAGGCAGGGGGAGUCCGAGCUGGACAAAGCGCCCUGUCUAUACAGCAGUGUGGCCCCCGACGGCUGGGGUGACCCGAAAGCACUGCUUGGCUGUGUGCGCUACGUCAUCGGAGAUGAGCAGAAGAAGGUCGUGUGAACUGAGCAGAGCCCCCGCUGA